CCCGCCACUUCUUAUCAUCACAACAAGACAACAAAGUACGUACCUUCUUCGCCCAUCUACUCUCAUCUCUUCUUCAACCUCUUCAUGACCAAGAGAACCCAAAUCAUGCUCACCAUCAGAAAAAUUCACUCCCUCCAUAAUCACAACUUCUUUCAUGAAGGAAGCCCAGAUUUCAUCAGCCCAAUCAAAACGUUUCCAGUCCACCGUGUCCCCUGUUCCUGCUGUAUGAACAGAGCCAGAGCCACUCUGUUUUUCGUUCCAUCCCGGAAGACAGGAUGCUGAGCAGCCAUUGUAGCAGUAAUCAGCAGCAACAGAGGCAUGUUCUAUGGGAUAUCCCAUUGCCACGGAAUCAAAUUUAUAGCGGCUGUCAGUCGAUGGAAAAUGGAUCUAACAAGAAAAGGCUGACAAGGGGAAAUCUCCAACGCCUUGGGACUGGGAUGAACAGUAGUGCUGCUAAAACAGAUGGAGUGAAUCAUGUCGCGGCAGCAAGCAGGACAUCUACCACACAAUCAGAGGCUACUACCCAUGAUGACAAGCUGAUACAACAUUAUGUUCCAACUUUUGUCAUGCUCCCGCUGGGAGUAGUUACAGCUGAGAAUGUGAUUGUGGACAAGGCCAAGCUGGAGAAGCAACUCAAGGAGCUCAAGGCGGCGGAAAUUGACGGCGUGAUGGUGGAUGUCUGGUGGGGGAUCAUUGAAGCCAGAGGGCCUAAACAAUAUGACUGGAGUGGCUACAGGGAGCUCUUCCUGCUGCUCAAGAAAUUGGACCUGAAAAUCCAAGCUAUAAUGUCGUUUCAUCAAUGUGGUGGCAACAUUGGAGACAAUGUCUUCAUCUCUCUCCCUCAAUGGGUGCUCAAAGUUGGAGAGACAGACCCAGAUAUCUUCUACACCAAUAGGGCUGGCGCCAGAAACAAGGAGUACCUCUCCCUCGGUGUGGAUCACCUGCCUCUUUUCGGUGGCCGGACUCCGGUCCAGAUGUAUGGGGAUUUCAUGAAGAGCUUCAGGGAAAGCAUGGCGGAUUUCUUCGAAUCAGGGCUGAUCAUCGACAUUGAAGUUGGGCUUGGACCUGCUGGGGAACUCAGAUACGCUUCUUACCCUGAAACCCAAGGAUGGGCUUUCCCUGGAAUUGGAGAAUUUCAGUGCUAUGACAAGUACCUGGCAGCUGAUUUCAAAGAGGCAGCAGCGAAAGCAGGACAUCCUGAGUGGGAAUUGCCUGAUGAUGCAGGGGAAUACAACAGUAGACCUGACCAAACAGCCUUCUUCAGAUCAAACAAUGGCACUUACCUCACUGAAAAGGGCAAGUUUUUCCUGACCUGGUAUUCCACCAAGUUGCUGCUCCAUGGCGACGAAAUCAUUGAUGAAGCUAACAAGGCUUUCCUGGGUUGUAAACUCAAAUUGGCAGCCAAGGUUUCAGGAAUCCACUGGUGGUACAACCAUCCAAGCCAUGCUGCGGAGCUGACAGCAGGCUACUACAACUUGCCCGAUCGAGACGGGUAUCGUCCCGUCGCCAGGAUGCUGUCCAGGCACAAUGCCAUUCUGAACUUCACUUGCCUGGAAAUGAGGAACUCCGAGCAGCCUGCUUACGCCAAAAGUGCCCCCCAGGAGCUGGUUCAGAUGGUUUUGAGCGACGGAUGGAAGGAAGGGAUCGAGGUGGCAGGAGAGAAUGCCCUGGCCAGGUACUAUGCUGAUGGCUACAAUCAGAUCCUUCUCAAUGCCAGGCCUAAUGGCGUGAGACCGGCCAUGGAAAGAGAGAAGAAGCUGAGGAUGUAUGGAGUCACAAUCCUUCGGUUGACGGAUGAUCUGAUGCGGCCCAACAACUUGGAUCUGUUCAAGAAGUUCAUUAGGAAAAUGCAUGCUGAUCAGCAUUACUGUCCAGAACUGAGCAAGUAUGGGCAUGCAAUUGAGAGACUGGAACGGUCAAAGCCAAAGUUGAGGACAGAAGAGCUGUUGGAGGCAACAAAGCCAUCGGAGGCAUUCCCUUGGGAUGGUGAAACCGAUAUGCCUGUGGAGCCUGCAAGUGUAUUUGCAAGAUUACUGAAGACAAUUCUCUCCAUAUUUUCUGACUGACAGUGGGCAGCGGGAGAGACUGAUAAUUAUCCCUUUCCGAAGAACAGAAGAAAGAAUGGAAUAGAGGGGGAAAAGUAUGAAAGAUGGUUGAAGAAGAUUACGACAGUCCAAUGAACAGUCUGUUUGGGAUCUGUCUCCCCUGGACUUCCAAACCUAUGGGAGAUCGAAACCUAAUCACGUUUAUACUUCAUACUAGUUUGAAAAGGGUUUAUUGAAUCUCUUUUUUUACUUUCUGAGAUAAUAUGCAUACAUUUAUAGCAUUAAAUUAUCUUUUCUGCCCGGGUGAUAGUCGAGUCGGUUAGCAAUUACCCGCCAACCAAAGAAUCAUUAUCGUUAGCCGACAGUUAAAUUAACAGUCAAAAUUUAACAGUUAAUCGUUAAUUGUUAACCAUCUCCUACCCGCCGAAAAAAGAGGAUAUUGGUAAGUCUGUGGACUUGGCCAACGACAAGGGCCAUAAUUUUAUUUUUGG